AUGUACAUGUUCACAUACAUGCAUUUAAAGCGAUGGGCGACUGCACUCCGAGUACUCGCGCAUACGCUGGAGUAUGCUCGCGUAUGCUCGAGUACGCUCGAGUAUGCUCGAGUACGCUCGAGUGUGCUCGAGUAUGCUCGAGCAUGCUCGAGUACGCUCGAGUUUGCUCGAGUAUGUUCGGGUAUUUUUUGCGGCUACGCGGACCGCCCCCUGGUGGAGAUCACCUUGGCAGCUGUGGAGGCCUGUCUGCUCCACGGGCCCGCGAGGAGUCCGCAGGGCUCGGCGCUUCAGGCGCCAGUGAAAGGAGGCAGAGGUUGGCUAUGGAGUUGUGGGAUUCUUUGUAUUGCGAUUGGCAUUGUGACUGGCGGGUUUUCCUUUUCCAUGAAGCCAGAUGGUGACCAGCUCGCGAAGGCUGGGGCGCAACAGAGUGAUCGUUGCAUGGAGUUGUAUGCCUUGCAAUGGGUCGCCGAUGGGAGCAACCAGCCGCAUUCAGGCCUUUUGGGCGUCCGCAUAGGCGAGGCGGCCAACCCAGGACCGGGUGCAGCUUCGGCGACGGCGAGCCGCGGGCGGGAACAGAUGACACAGGAUGCACUGCAGACUAUCGUUCAGCUUCUCCUUUCAAUGAUUACAGUACUCGCUGGGGAGAACCUGGCGAUAAAGUCACAGUUGGCGGGCAUCCAAACAUUGAUGAAAAAUAUGACGGGCGGGUUUGCUGAUGAAGUUGAGCCCCCAGUCAGACGGGUGUCUUUUGACGAUACUGCUGGUCAGUCUGGCAAUGAUGGGUUUCAGAUGGUGUCAAGGCGCCGGCCGCGCAAGAACCAGAGUCCUGCUGAAGCGGAGACCACAAAAGGAGGCGGGAAAACCAAAAGCUUCGCUGAUGUUGUCGGCGCUGGCUUGUCUACUGGCAAGGGCAAGGGCAAGGGAGUUCCCCAACCGCCCAAAGGACAGGGAAAGGCUGCCAAAGCCCCGGCCGAUGCGCUGAUGAUGAUGCUCACUGGUGCCAGCGCCAAGUGCUCUGCAAGAUUGGUUUGGGCGGAUUCGGAUGGCAAGUUGAAGCUGAGAGCAAGGCACGCCGCUGCCCACCUUCAAGUUCAGCAUGCGCCCACGGCUGCCAAAGCUGUUCCCGCCGGUGAAGCCACCACCACCGUGCGCAUUGUCUUCGGCAAGCUUUUCUUGGAGGAGUCUGACUGGACCAGGGCGUCCUCCGCGCCCAAGGCUGCCGUCCAGAGAUGGGUGCGUGGCACGCUCAAGGCCGAGUUGCACGGUGCUGUCAAGGACGCUUGGGGCUUCGCUCAGGAGACUCGGCUGGGAAAUCCGGCCGUGGUGGGCUUGAUCCACGUGCCGGUCAAAGUGGUGGAGACGCUCCUUGGCUCUUCGGGUGAUGGCGGCGUCUUCCUGGAGCCCGCAGGGCGAGAGCACAACGUGAACUGCAUGAUUGAGUGGGUCGAGGCUCAGGAGAAGGAGGCUUGGCCGGCAAUGCUCAAGCGCGCGCUUGAAGCUGCGCCUCGCUACGGUGCCUUUCUUGGCAAGCGCCAAAUCGGUUUGUGCACAGAGGCUGGCACGGCUCCUGUCAAGGGCUUUGUUCGUUACUUUACGAUGCAAGGCACGCCAGUUGAAUGGAGUGACGGCGUCGUCGCUGAGCUCGUCAAGGAGCAGAACGGCAUCGAGGAGGCUGCGGUCGUCAAGAAGACAUUGAGAAAAGGCAUCGAAGCAGCGCAAGGCCAAGCUGGGAUGGAAGUGCCAGAAUGUGGAUGGUGCACGGGCCCAGUCAAGCACUGGGUCCAAAAGAAGCAAAGGCACAUCGACAACUUUCACGUGGACCUGAAGGCGGAGCUCAACCUCAAGACCAAGUCUCUCGUUUUGGUGCCGUACAACCGUGACACUUGUGUUUGGAAGUGUCCAGUUGCAGGCUGCGGGCUGGGCAUCUCUGCCACAGAGACUGAACCGGACGCUCGUCUUCGUGCUCGCAAACACCAUGGCGACACUUACCACCCGGAUGAGCCCAAGGACCUUUUUCUGCUGGAGCGUGGCACCGUGGAGGGCGCAAAGAAGGCUACGACCGCGAAGCUGGCGGCUGGUGUGGCGAAGCGACUGCACCAACUAAAAGCUGGCAAGGCUGGAGACCACGACGUAAGGGCACGCACAGGCUUGAGGCGGGCUUUGGCAGAGGCAGACACUGAGACAGCCUGGCGCUUACUCUCUGCUGCUGCUGAGGCUUCCCUGGCGGUUGAGACUGCUCCUGCUGCCAAGCCUCGCGGCGCUCCAGGCAGGCCCUACCUUGCAGAGGUUCACUUCGGCAAGACUGCCUCUGUUCAGACUCUUCGUGAAAGGAAGCUUCGCAGGGCCGCUUGUCGGGUUGCUGCUGCGAUGGAGGGUGGCGACAACGCAGGCGAGGCCAAGCUGAACUGCUACCCGCAGCACUUGGCGGACGUCUACUCUGACCUCGGUGAAGUGGUGCGGCUACAAGGCCCUGCACUCCUGACCUUUCUUCAGGAGAAAGCUGCUGAGGAGGAGAAGCGUGCGAACCGCGCAAGGCUGGCGCGCUGGGUCAAGGCUUCCUGCGCUGAGAAGCCCACGUCCUUCGAGGACUUUGCUGCCGACCCGGACCUGCAGGCCAAAGUUGAGGCAGCCGCCGUGGAAUGGCAACACUUGUGGAGCCGUCACAGGCGGCACGGCGUGGCCCUUCGCCAACUGUUGACCGAGCUGCAGCUGGACAGGGCUGGGCACAGAGCUCCGCCCCUUCGCUUGGAGGGCCACGCUUUGCUUCGCCGGGCUCGGGCUACUGCAAAGAGGGUGUGGAACAGCAUUUUGGACGGAGCAUCAAUUCCUGCUGCUUGGACUCAGGUCAGGAUCUGUUUGAUCCGCAAAGGGGACGGCGGACUUCGUCCGCUAGCAAUUGCAGCACUUGCUUGGCGUCUCGGAGCUGCUUGCUUGGUACAGUUGCUUGGAGACUGGAUUCGUCGGGUGUUCCCCGAGGAGCUCUACGGCGGCUUGCCUGGCAAAAGCGUCGACGACGUGCACGCGGAGCUCACCCACGACCUCUACGUGCAGCGUGGCGGUGGGCCUCUGGCUGGUUGCAAGGCUGACGUCAGGAAGUGUUUUGACGGCGCUUCCCCUUACCUGGCGGUCGACUGCCUUCGGGCGCUCGGGGCUCCACAGGCUCUUCUGGACGUAAUCUGCCGCUUCUACGCGCAGCACGAGCGCUGGCUCAUGGUGGAUGGCGUUUCAACGCAGCGGCCCCUGCUUGACUGCCACGCUUUGCUACAAGGGUGUCCCCUGAGUCCGCUGUGCCUCAACGCCAUGAUGGUCGUCUGGCUCAAGACGGUGCAGCGCGAGGACACGGGCGUCAAGCUGGCCACUUUCAUUGAUGAUAGGACGCUGUGGCUGCGCAAACGCCGGGGGGCGGCCAGAGCCAUCCAAAGGGCCAUGGCUGCGGGCGCCGUCGCUGACCAGGCGCUGGGCUUCACUUUGCACCCGGAAAAGCUGGAAAGUUUUGGCACUACUCAGAAAGUCUGCGAAUCCCUUCAUGAGUUUUCUGACACGGUGGGUGUGCCUCAGUUCACUUUCAAACUGCUGGGAAUCCCGUACAACACCUCGCGCGCGGCGCCCGUUGCUACCGAGGGCAUCGCGCCAAGCUUGCAGGUGGGCUGCGCCUUGGCUCAGGCAACUUGGAAGGGCGCCAUCGAGCGCGCAGCGUGGGGUGGCAGCAUCCCUCGCGGACGGUCUGCUGCACUGGCGUGGUUGGGCGUUGUCGGCUUGGACCUGCUUCCAGAGUACGUGUGCGCAGAGACGGCCAUCGUGCGCGAGCAUCGCAGGCUUCACGUGCAGCGUCACCGCGAAGAGGCCACCUACACGGCUGCCGCUUUCAGGGCAGCGGGCUGGCAGCGAGGAGCUGGCGACAUCUGGACCACGAGGCAUGGCAGUUUUCGGGCGGGCACUGUGAGCGCUGCAGGCCUCCGUCGUCAGCUUCGUCUUGCCUGGGCCCGCAAGUUGCUGCUGGCGGACCCGAAGACUAAGGAGGCGGGUGGCUUCGCUGGAGACUUUGAUCUGGCUCACCACGUUGCGGUCGGCGCCCCCGUUGAAGGCUACAAGGCGAGGGUCAUGGCUGGUGCUGCUGCCGACGCUAGACACUUGACCAAGAAGGGCGAGGACGUGGCUCAGUGGAAGUGCAGCUGUGGUUUUGCUGGUCCCUCACGAACCCACCUCACGUUCCACUGCCCCCUGCGUGAGUGGACGCUGCCGGCGCGCUCUACUCUGGAACAGCGGCUUUUGCUGGCGUUGGGGCCUGCUCCUCCUCGUUGGCCUGUGGCGGACUACGACGGGGAGUUCAGAAGGGUGGCGGGGCACCUGGCGGUGCUGGCUGAGUACGAGGUGCACUACGUCGCGACUGACGGGGGCUGUUUGCUGGCUCGUGGCGCGGACUUUCAGCAGCGGGCUGCUUGGGCAGUCUCUUUUGGCGGCGCAACUUUCAGUGGACUGGUGCAGGGCCCGGAGCAGACUGCUGCUGAAGGCGAAAGAGUGGCAGUCUACGUCUUGGCUGCUGCUCUGCUCCUUCACGGUCGGCGGCUUCGUCUUCUGGUCGACAACCAAGCUGUGGCUAGCAGACUUCGUGGCGGGCGGACUGCUUGUGAGAGUGGUGACCCGUGGUGGCUGUGGCGAACUAUCGCCCAGGCCACACCCUGUUUGGAGACGUUUUGGAUCCCUUCGCAUGAGGAACAGCCUCUGUGGAAGGCGCCCUAUGGAUGGUGCAGCGAAGCCGCGUGUCGUCGGCUCAACUCUUUGGCGGAUGAGGCUGUCUCUCAUGAGCUGGCGCCGUACCGCGCAGCUCUGGCUGCGUGUGAGAAGGAUGCUUCUGUCAGGCGGGCCUGGAGUGCCGCUGCCGUCGCUUCGCAGACUGCGGCCACUCAGGAGUACCAUGACAAGUUUGUUGAGCUGGUGCGCUCGCUGCCUCCGCGGCCGAGUGGGCGUGGGAGAAGGGCUUCGGCCUGA